AUGGCUGAAGCCGAACACGCUGCCAACGAAGCCCGCUUACAGGCAGAAGCUGCUGCUCGUACCGCCAGCGAGGAAGCAAAGAAGCAAGCAGCGCAAGCAGAGGAGGAGCGUAAGCGAACUGCUGCUGUACAAGAGCAAGCCAGACGAGACGCCCAGGCUGCCCAGGAGCAGGCCAAGAAACUAAAGGAGGCUGCCAAUGAGGAGAAGAGAAAGGCAUCUGUCGCCCAGGAGGCAGCCAACGUGUCGAAGAAAGCGGCAGAAGAGCAAGUAAAGGUAGCCAAUGCUGUCAAGGAGGAGGCUGAACGCAAGUUGAAAGAAGGCAUUCAACCUGUGGUGACUCCCUCACCUGAAGAAGUUAGCGCCGCCAAGCGGAGAGUACAAUAUCGCGAGGACCUGUUCCACAUCGCAAUAGCCGGGGUGGCAGGAGGAGGGAAAUCAUCUCUCAUCAAUGCCUUCCGCGGUUUGCGUAAUAAGGGCAUCGGAGCCGCUGCCACUGGCGUCACCGAGACAACGCUAGUUAUGGCUAGAUACCCUCACCCAAAUGCAGAAUACCCUCUUGUCUUGUACGAUAUCCCGGGCGCAGGCACGCUCAAAAUCCCGGACUGGCAGUACUUCAACGACCAAGGACUUUAUGUCUUUGACAGCAUCAUCGUCCUGUUCGACAAUCGCUUCACCAUGACCGACAUCGCCAUCCUCACCAACUGCAGACGUCUCAAAAUCCCCACGUAUAUCGUGCGCUCUAAAGCAGAUCAACACAUCCGCAACAUUAUGGAAGAUAUGGGGUAUGACAGCGACGAUGAUGAUAGCAGCAAGGUCAAGAAGCUUUACCAGACUGCACGGCAGCAGUUCAUUCAGCAGACGCGCCAGAGCGUGAAAGACAACCUGCAAGAUGCCAAUAUACCUGACCAACGGGUUUACAUCGUUUCGAAUAAAACGAUGCUCGAUGUCGCGUCGAAUACAAUGAUAUUCGAUUUUCUGGCAAGAAAGCAGCCGAAGACCAUCGAUGAGAUUGAGUUGUUGAGUGACAUGAUCCGAGAAGCCCAGAUCAGGCGAGGACAACAAGAGCGAGUAAAGGUGGCUAAUGCUGCCAAGGAGAAGGCUGAACGCAAGUUGAAAGAAGGUAUUCAACCUGUGGUGACUCCCACACUUGAAGAAGUCAGCGUCACUAGGCGGAGAGUGCAAUAUCACUGGGACCUUUUCCAAAUCGCAGUAGCCGGGGUGGCAGGAGCGGGGAAAUCAUCUCUCAUCAAUGCCCUCCGUGGUUUGCACAAUAAGGACACCGAAUCUGCUGCUACUGGUGUCACCGAGACAAUGCUGGUCACGGCCAGAUAUCCCAGCCCCAACGCGGAACACCCAUAUGUUUGGUACGACGUCCCGGGCGCAGGCACACUCAAAGUCCCAGACUGGCAGUAUUUCAAUGCCCAAGGACUUUAUGUCUUUGAUUGCAUCAUCGUCCUGUUCGACAAUCACUUCACCAUGACCGACAUCACCAUCCUCACCAACUGCAGGUAUUUCAAGAUCCCCACGUAUAUCGUGCGUUCCAAGGCAGAUCAGCACAUCCGCAACACCAUGAACGAUAUGGGAUACGACAGUGAUGAUGAUGAGAGUGAGGACCAGAAGAAGACGCUUUACCAGGAUGCACAGGAGCAGUUCAUUCAGCAGACGCGCCAGAUCGUGAAAGACAACCUGGAAAGUGCUAAUAUGCCCGACCAAAGGGUUUACAUCGUUUCGAAUAAGACGAUACUCGAUGUUGUGAAAAAAAACCAGCCGAAGAACAUCAUCCACGAGAUUGAGCUGUUGAAUGACUUGGCCUGGUGA